CCGCUGUCCUGUGGCGGGAACCGCGGCUCAAGAGGGACGGUGGCGACUGAAAGGAAACCAUGCAGGCAUUUCUAAAAGGCACAUCUGCCGGUACUAAACCACAGUUCACCAAGGACCGGGCAGUGUCUGCCACUGCAGGAAGCAGUGGAGAAACCAAGAAAGUCAAACCAGUUCCUUGGGUGGAAAAAUAUCGUCCAAAGUGUGUGGAUGAAGUUGCUUUCCAGGAAGAAGUGGUUGCGGUACUUAAAAAGUCUUUAGAAGGAGCUGAUCUUCCUAAUCUCUUAUUCUAUGGGCCACCCGGAACUGGCAAAACAUCCACAAUUUUGGCAGCAGCUAGAGAACUCUUUGGGCCUGAACUCUUUCGACAAAGGGUUCUUGAGCUAAAUGCAUCUGAUGAACGUGGAAUACAAGUAGUCCGUGAGAAAGUGAAGAAUUUUGCUCAGUUAACUGUGUCAGGAAGUCGUUCGGAUGGGAAGCCAUGUCCUCCCUUUAAGAUUAUAAUUCUGGAUGAAGCAGAUUCUAUGACCUCAGCUGCUCAAGCAGCUUUAAGACGUACCAUGGAAAAAGAGUCUAAAACAACCAGAUUCUGCCUCAUCUGUAACUAUGUCAGUCGAAUAAUUGAACCCCUCACUUCUAGAUGUUCAAAGUUCCGCUUCAAGCCUCUGUCAGAUAAAAUUCAGCAGGAGCGAUUACUGGAUAUUGCUGAGAAGGAAAAUGUUAAAAUCAGCAAUGAGGGAAUAGCUUAUCUUGUUAAAAUAUCAGAAGGAGAUCUACGGAAAGCCAUUACAUUUCUUCAAAGUGCUACUCGACUAACAGGCGGAAAGGAAGUCAUGGAAGAUAUCAUCACAGACAUUGCUGGCGUAAUACCAGCUACAACCAUUAGUGGAGUAUUCACUGCAUGUCACAGUGGCUCUUUUGACAAACUAGAAGCUGUGGUAAAGGACCUAAUUGAUGAAGGACAUGCAGCUAUUCAGCUUGUUAAUCAACUUCAUGAUGCAGUUGUAGAAGAUGAAGAGCUUUCUGAUAAGCAGAAGUCCAUUAUUACAGAAAAACUUGCUGAAGUGGAUAAAUGUCUGGCGGAUGGUGCAGAUGAACACCUGCAGUUAAUGAGCCUCUGUGCAACUGUGAUGCAGCAACUAACUCAGAACUUCUGAAGACCAACUUGUGUGAUGAUCUUUUUAGCUAAUAAAUAAACGACAAAAACCCUAUAAAGUGAAUAUACAAUU